CUUGCAUAAAAACGGAGCGCGUUGACUUGGACGUGGCAAGGGCUUAUUACUCCGGACAACCAACCACAGCGUAUAUACCACACUCUUCAGUCUUUCGGAAGGUCAUAUAAUAUUCAAAAAGGCAAGGACAUGGCUGCAACGUCAAGCGACACAGGUCUCGUAGAGUCCAUAGGCGCUCUUUCUCUAGGACAGGAACCGCGCUCUCUGCGUCAAGAAUUCAGGCGGGGAACAAAGCUAUAUCGCAUGCUCGAGGACUCUCCCCUCUCGGCCUCGGACGAGGCUUUCCAGGCGUCUCUCAAAGAAACCCAGGCAUCUUUGACGCGGUGUGCAGCACUAGUCCAAAGACUGGGUGUGUUCAGCAACAACGAGAUUUUAGAGGAUGUCAACACGAAAGACUUAAGAUACGUACUUGUGGACGCAUACCUCGCGGAUGUCAUCGUCAAGAACGUUGGAGGGGAUCGGGAAAACACGCUCAAAGCCGCGAGUCAGCGAUUGGAGCUCUUUUUGGGGCAAUGCGAGCAAUUGGAAAUCCUCUCCAAAGAGGAUAAGGACUAUCUCGAAAACGACAUUCAACUAGAUAAGGCAAAAAAGGCGUUCAACCCCGCCAAGCAACGUGAACAAAAGAUUUUAAGAUAUAAGCGAGAGAAAAAAGCUAAGGCAACUUUGGAGGAGUUGGAGUCUCAACUGGCAUUACAAUCAAAAUCAGCCGGGAAAAGAGGAAACGAAAUAGACGACGAAGACGCGGAUGACGACUCGUAUGAUGAUGAUCUAAUGAGGGCCAUCAUACUAGCAACCAUCGACAUCUACAUACAGAAGUCCUUGGAAGCAUUGCGAAUGAUCGGAGAGGAACUCGAGCUUCUUCGCAAUAAGGCCCCAUCGACACGGUCAUUGUCCAUGAUGGAUAACUCUAACAGGGUAGAGGCAAAAGGUCAAGGACAAAGUCUGCGCUAUGCUGGCGGGGCGGGCCCGCUGUUGGGAGGAAAGGGUGAAGUUCUCCGACCCUUUGUGAUUACCUCACAACGUGAGGCCGUGCGGAGUAAAGUGUUUGGAUACGGACAUAACCUGCCAACCAUGUCGGUGGAAGAGUACCUGGACAAGGAGAUGGAGCGUGGCAACAUCAUAAGCGGUGGAGGGAAAAUGCCCGAAGCCAAAAUCACUGAUGACAAUGAUGAAGCGGCCGUCGAUGCCGAGACUUACAAAGCCCGUGAGUGGGACGAGUUCAAAGAUGUAAACCCGACGGGAUGGGGCAAUCGCCACAACAAGGGAUAGACCACGCUUAUGGAGGGGGCUCGUCGGACGUCUCGUUCGACGCACUCCGACGAUUGAUUAGAAGCGGCGUAGUUGCAUGCCCGACUUCGAAUUAGGUUUCUUAGAUAGCCUAAGGCAGACCUAUGCGCGUUCU